AUGUAUGUAUGUAUAAAAAAGAUAGAAGAGUCGCGUAGUAUGAUGAUGGAUACAAAUAAACACGUUUACGAAAACAACAAUAAUAAUACAUCAUCGAAUCAUGCACAACAUAUUAACAACAACAGCAAGCAACCUCAACAACAUGUGAAUUCAUCAUCAUCUUCCUCUUCAUCAUCAUUUCCACUUCCACCUCCAUCACAUGUACAAUGGGGAUCAAGAAGUGUAGACAACUUUGAAAAGAUUGAACAGAUUGGUGAAGGUACCUUUGGUCAAGUAUAUAAAGCAAGAGAUAAAGAAGAUAAUGAAAUUGUAGCUUUGAAAAAGGUUAUCAUGGAUAACGAAAGUGAAGGUUUUCCAAUUACAGCAAUAAGAGAGAUCAAGAUUCUAAGAGAAUUAAAUCACAAGAAUGUAAUUAGACUCAAAGAGAUUGUAACUUCAAAAGCAAGUGCACAAAACAAUGGUAAAGGAAGUGUAUAUAUGGUAUUUGAGUACAUGGAUCACGAUCUCAAUGGACUCAUGGAUUCACCAGCAUUCAAAUUCUUUAAUCCCGAACAAUGCAAAUGCUACCUCAAACAAUUACUAGAGGGAAUGGAUUAUUGUCAUAGAAAUAAUGUUUUACAUAGAGAUAUCAAAGGAUCUAAUUUAUUGUUAAAUAAUAGAGGUAUAUUAAAACUUGCAGAUUUUGGUCUUGCUCGUACCUACAAUGUAUCGGAUCCAAAGAAAAUGCUUACAAAUAGAGUUAUCACGUUGUGGUAUAGACCACCCGAGCUAUUGCUGGGUUCAGAGAAUUACGGUCCCGAGAUUGAUAUGUGGUCGGUCGGUUGUAUCAUGGUUGAGUUGUUGUCGAAAAAGACGUUGUUCCCUGGACGUAGUCCAAUCGAUCAGUUGGACAAGAUCUUUAAUCUGUGCGGUACACCCGACGAGAAUGGUUGGACAACCGUCAAAGAUUAUAAAUGGUGGGAUCUCCUCAAACCAAAGAAACAAUCUAGAAGAAUGAUUAGAGACCAUUUUACGAUGUUGUGUUUGGAUCCAGCACAAAGAAUUACAGCCUCGCAGGCACUCGACAGUCCGUACUUUUGGACGAAACCAUUACCAUGCGAUCCAUCACAAUUACCAGCCUAUCCAUCAUGCCACGAAUUUAAAACGAAAAAGAAAAGACAGCAAAUGCAACAACAGCAGCAACAACAGCAACAACAACAACAACAACAACAGCAGCAGCAACAACAAUCACAUCAUCAUGGACACCCACAACAACAGCAUUAUCAACCAUAUGGUGGAGGACAAGGAGGAGGUGGUGCACCAAUACAAGCAGAGAAGAAACAAAGAGUUGGUGGAGAAUAUGGACAUCCAGGUGGUAAAAUGGCACCAACCAACAAACCACCCCCAUCAUAUAAUCAACCACCUGGAUCUUAUAAUAACCAACAACAACCACAACAACAAUACAACAAUCAAAAUAAUAAUCAACAAUUGAGAAAUAAUAAUAAUUAUCCUGUCAAUUCCAAACUUCCUUCUAAUCCCUCUUCCACUCAUAAUAAUAAUAAUAAUAAUAAAUCACAACCUCCACCACAUUAUUAA